GACAGACAGAUUAGCAGAUUGAUAGACAGAAAUAUAGACAGACUGAGAAACAGACAGGUCAACAGAUAGAUAGGUAGAUAGAUAUGCAUAUAUAGAAAGAGACAAUCUGACUGAUAGACAGACUGAUAGAAGUGACAAACAGAUUAAUAGUAAAGACAGGUAGAAAUAGGGAAGAAGGAGGAGAGAGAGAAGCUAAAGCAUAUAUCUGGAAAGGAGUCAGGGGAUGGGGGGAAGUCUUUAUUUCAACACUAACCAUGGUUAGUGGGGGAGGUGAAUGAGAAACAGGGGAGUCAUAUCACUUUUGCAGCAAUUGGCUCCAGAGUGAGUUGGGACCGAGACCACUAUGGAUGGAGACUAUGAUGAUGAUGAUUUCUGGGAGACUGGGAUAUCACGGCCACUGAAGAGGAGUGACAGCCAUGUUUCUGCAGGCAACAUCUAUGGAAAACUUGAUGGUAGUGGGGAUGUUGAUGUUGGUACUGUUGAUGGGGGUACUGGACCUGGUGGUGGUGGUGGAAGUGGUGUGGGUAGUAUAGGUGGUGACACCAGUGGUGGUGGUAUCGUUAUGGAAUUGACAGCAGCAACAGGAUCUGAGCAACCAGGUGCCUCUGCGUUCCAGAGGAAGGCCAAGCUGCGCAAGUCAGUGAUGUUCAGUGAUGACACCUGGCCCAUCAUGUCCCCAACGGGGAGGCACAGCCCUGGCAAACACAGUGGGGAGGAGGAGGAAGACGGUGUUGAUACUGAGAUGGCAGCUUCUGGCUGGGCUGCUGUAACAACAACAACAACAUCAAUGACUGCAGUGACACAUUCUUCAGUUGGUUUGUCAGGAACUGGUAGAAAGAAGCGGGAAAUUAUGACAGGAAAAGCAGCUAGAGUUUCAAGUGACUUUGAUGGUGGUAGUCGUAGUGGUGGUGGUGGUGGUGGUGGUGCUAGCAACAGUGGUACUAGUGGUACAAGCAUAUUUGGUAGUAGUAGUUGUGAUAGUAAUCACAGUAUUAGUAGAAGCAACAGCAGCUGUAGCAGCAGUAGCAGUGGUAGUAGUAAUUAUAGUAGUAGCAGCAGCAGUAGUAGUAGUAGUAGUACUUGUCGGUGCAGCAAUGGUAGUAGUGAUAGUGGAGGAGGUGGCAAAGGUGUUGAUGAUGACAAUAAUAACGAUGAUGAUGAUGACGAUAAUCACAGUGAUGUUGAUGUUGAAGGUGGUGGCGAUGAUGAUGGUAGCGACUCCGAUGGCAGAGAUAUGAUCUUGGAGCUACAGCGCCUCCAUCAACAGCAACAUUCGCCAAGGAGAAAGAAGACAACUAGCAAGCAAGAGGAGGAGGAAGAUGAGGAGGGGGCAGCUAAGAGCAGUAGGAGUAAUAAUAGCAGUAGAAGUAGCAGACAGAUGAGGAGAAGACACAGUAGUCAAAGUGGACGUCAGAAGCUGGAGGAGACACUUACAGUUGAUUCCCUGCUGGAGAGUCACUAUGGUCAGCUGGUCAAGUUGUGUUUAGAAGAGAUCAAAGUGGACGAUGAAGCCAGCCGGAGGCACAUCCAUGCCCGACAGAUGGAGCAGUUGUAUAGCACAUACAUUGCUGUCGGCAACAAACAACUAGCCCUCACCCCAGUUGCUCUCUACCCACACGGCUGGCCUCGGUAUGUGACACGCAGGCUCUUCUACCCACCUCCUUCAUCUGCUACACCCUCAAUGGUGCAGUGGGAAUGCAGCAGACGAGGUGAGAGUGGGAGCAGUACUACUGCAUUUUCAACAGCUUGUUCCAUGAGUCUUGGAGAGAAUGAAAUUAGACAUGAAAGGAGGAACCAAAGGUUGCUGAAUGGUACUCGCAGAGUCCAAAACAACAGGAAAUUGUUUCGAGCCAAAACUACAGUUGGCCCCCAAAAGUCAUCUGUGAAUCCUUCAUCUUCCAGAGGCAUCUUUGACCAACACGAGAACAUUCCAACAGCACCACCACCAACAGCAGCAGCAACAAAGCCAACAUCAUCAGCAAUGAGUAAGAAAAAGCUAUCAGGCUCUUCCUCCACCUCAUCAUCUGGCAGAGGCAGUUUUGUCCGUCAGAAGAAGUUACCCCUACAGACAGCAUCGGAGGAAAAUGCUGCAAACCAAACCUGUCGUAGUGUUGACAACAGUUUCCGACCAAACGACAGUAACCCGCAUAUCCUGAAAUGGUUGCAGAAGAAGGACAAAGACUUCUGGCAACAGAAACGAGAGAUGAAGGUGAGAAAGAAGCUGGAAACUGAGAACAGAAAACUCGAUGCAGCCUUCAAAGCAGAUCGUCAGCUCCGCUCGAGUGCAGCAUUUGAAGAGUGGAUGCAUCACAAGGCAAAAGGAAAGAAAUUCCUGUCUGCAAGUUCUACUGCAAAGAGCUCCAUUGACGUGUCACAGGAGCCAAAACAAAGCCCAAAACCCACAUAUGGGUUUCCGUUUAUGAGUAAGGAACAGCAUGAGGGUGAAGGUGAUGACGAUGCUGGUGUUCAAGAGCAGACGUUGUCUGCUCCUCAGAAGGGUUCAGGUUUUGUUAAAGCAGGCAAAAGUUUGUUGCAUGAGGAGAAUCUUGAAGUGAAUUUCUUGAGGAUGACAAACCUUCAGAAUUGGCAAACAAAAAACCCAGUUUCCAACUUCACAUCAAGUCAAGCAGAGACUGGAACAGAUGUUCCUCUUGAUAAUCCUGAGAGUUCAACAAGAUUUGCUGACUGUGGUGUUGAUCAAAAUAAAGAGGAACUUGAAAUAGCUAGCAAGACUGAAAAGCACAAUGUAUGGCAAAUGAAGAGGUUAGUGUCAGAACACAAGAAAUCCAGUUUGAUAUUCCAGCAACCAGAUGAGGACAAUGGUAGAAAUCAGGGAAAAGAACAAAGUUUCUAUGGGAAGCCAGAAUCACAGUCAUCAUCACCUCCAACUCCACUGCCACUGGUAAUGAAGAAAUCAACCACUAGACCUAAAACUGCCCAUGGACGCCGAUCAAGGUGCUCUGCAGCAACAAGCAGAGAUAAAUGUCUUGUAUCCCCUCAACUCAUGCCACUUCCAUCUCUAUAGACACCAGUUAUCUUAAUUUGAAUCCACAGAUAUACAGAAAAUACUUGUCCCCAUCUAUCUAUGCCACUUUGAACACUAUAGACACAAGCUGUCUAACCCAAAUGCACAGAUUCAUGAAAGAUACAUAUUUCGCCUUACCUUUAUGGCUCCUAUCUCUAUAUACACAAGUUAUCUAACGGGAAUAUCCAGACAUGAAAGAAAGGAAUGUCCUGUAUCCCCACCUGUCCGUACCACUUCUAAUACUAAAGACACCAGUUGUUUAACCUGAAUAUCUAAAUAUGCAAGAAAUAGAUGUUCUGUGUCCCUCAUAUCAUUUCCAUCUCUAUAGACACAAAUUAUCUAACCUGAAUGUACAGAUAUGCAUCACUCUUGCCUCUAACACUCUCCUCAUUAUAGGUAUAUACUAUUAUGAAAUCUGGACACACAUAUUAUAUGUAACAGCCAAACCUGUAUCACAAACACAUGGAUUCCUCUGCAGUCUGCAGAAAUGGUAAACAAUUCAGUUAGGAUCAGAUGUUGGUUCCCUUUAAAGCCUAAAAAACAAAAA